GGAGACAACAGACAAAAGGUGGGCGCGUGACGACGCAGACGCGCUGCAGCUGGCAACAGCCAAUUUCCCUCACAUUCGUUCUCCUCCUUUAUAUCUUCACUUCACCACUCUCUCUUCCCUCACACUCUCAACAAUGUCGUCGCCCGCGAUUAACCUCUUCUUCACCCUCUUCUCUUUUCUCAUCUUCUCCAUCUCCUCUUCACUUCCUCUCUCUCAGACCAAGAAACCCACAACUGUUCAAACCUUAAAUGUCGCAGCAGCGGCGGAGAUAAAAAUGGUGAACCCGAAACUCCCGCCUCGGAGCCUCUCCCUCACGUCGUCGAAACGAUACGAGGGAUCUUCCGAUCUUGUCCAUCUCCGGUACCAUAUGGGUCCGGUUCUCUCCUCUUCACCGAUCAACAUCUACGUUAUAUGGUACGGACGGUGGUCUCGGCCGCAUAAGGCUCUCAUCAGAGACUUUCUCAACUCAAUCUCCGACGCUAAAGCUCCGUCUCCCUCCGUCGCGGAAUGGUGGCGGACGGCGACUUUGUACACCGACCAAACCGGAGCUAACGUCUCUCGUUCUGUCCUCAUCGCCGGAGAAUACUCAGAUGCGAAGUUCCACGGACAGAGCCUCACGCGCCUCUCGAUCCAAGAAGUCAUCGCCAGCGCCGCGAGAUCCGCUUCCUUCCCGGUGGACCACAAGAACGGGAUGUACCUCGUGCUGACGUCACACGACGUCACGAUGCAGGACUUUUGCCGCGCCGUGUGCGGGUUCCAUUACUUCACGUUCCCGUCGAUGGUGGGGUACACGAUGCCGUACGCUUGGGUUGGUCAGUCGGGGAAACAGUGCCCGGAGGUCUGUGCUUACCCCUUCGCCUUGCCGGGGUACAUGGGUCACGGUGGUCCGGGAGCGCUCCAGCCGCCGAACGGAGAGACUGGAGUGGACGGGAUGGUGAGUGUGAUAGGGCAUGAGCUGGCGGAAGUUGUGUCGAAUCCGCUGAUAAACGCUUGGUACGCCGGAGAGGAUCCGACGGCGCCGACGGAGAUCGGGGACUUGUGCGAGGGGUUGUACGGAACCGGCGGAGGAGGAGGGUAUAUUGGUCAAGUGAUGCAGGAUAGAGGAGGGAAGACGUUUAAUAUGAACGGUAAAGGAGGAAGGAAGUUUCUGGUUCAGUGGAUCUGGAAUCCUAAUCUGAAAGCUUGUUCUGGUCCUAACUCUGUGGACUAAGACAGAAGCAGAUGAGUGUUUGUUUGUUUGUUUGAUGAUGGUGAUUUGUGUUAAUCACCAUCAUAAUGAUGAAAUAACCCUUGUAUUAGAGUUAGGUUAGUAGUGGAACAUUAAUUAUUUUCUGUUGAGUUUUGUUUUUGUUUGUUUGAUAUAUAAAUUUCCAAAGAAUGCUUAUACUGCU